AUGUCAGGGCCUAAUAAAAAUUUUCCUGAAAAGCAUAAAGAUACUCAAUUAUUAGAAAAAAAUGGUUCUCCAAUAAAAUUAAUGGUGAAUAAUGAUAAUACUGCUAAUCAAAAAUAUAAUAAUCUAAAUGGAAGAAAUGGGGAAGAAGAUAAUAGCUUGUACCAUACAACUUUAAAAGAUGAAGAGUAUGAUGAUGAUGAUGAUGAUGAUGGCAGUGUUCGACAGUAUGACCAGGAUACUCAGAAAAACAAUUCAUUACCUGUGGAGCCAAUAACAGGUGCUGUAGCUAACUCCAAAACGCUUAAAAAUAAAACCUCAAGCCAAGAUGAUGAAUUAAAAAACAAUACAGACAUACUUGGUGAUGAAGAAGAAGGACAAGAGAGUAUAAGAAGAUUAUACCCGAAACCAGGUGAUCCUGCGCAGAACACAACCACGCAAAGAUUUGUUCCUAGAACCCUACCGCUAGAAUCGAUUUCUAUGGAGGAGGAGGUAAACGUGCAAGAGCAAGACUUCCAGAGGAAGCCAACUUACCAAGACAAACUAUGGAGUGACAUCGAUGUUUUAGAUGAUGUUAAGAAACUUUCUAAGCAAGAAGACAAAAAUGGUGGCUUCCCUUCUAAUUUCGAGCAAGAAUUGUUGAAGUUAAGGCAGGCACAUGUUUUGUUAUUAAAAACUUUAAAAAAUGGAAGAGAGUCGGUAUCUUCUGAAAAUUCCUUGUUUAGUAAUGGGAUUGUCUCUGACAACAACAACAACAACAACAACAACAACGGUAAUGGCAACAACAGUAACAAUAAUGCCAAUCCAGCUUUGUCAAAACCACAAAGUUCUUUUAAUGCAAAUGCGUCAUCCAAUUCUAGUACUAAUGGAAAUGCCAAUAGCAACAAGAGCGCGGCCAAUUACAAUAAAAGCAGUAAUAAUAACAUAAACAGUGUAUUUGCAGAAAAGACACAAGUGGAUACAAUCGUUCAAUGCCUAAACCAACUAAGGAACAAAUAG